AUGGCCGAUAAUCAACAACACCAACAACAAAAACAACGCCAGCCAUCAACCGAACCAGCUACAGAAUCAUUGGCCCAGGCCGAGACCCAGCAGGUUGCGCUACUAGGGGAUCCAACUGCGCAGGUUUCGGUGGGCGGCCACCUUCCGGACACAUCACAAGCAUCUAGACACUCGAGCAUUCGGGACUAUCGCCGCGAGAAUGGCCGCAGUUACCACCGUCUCAGUGACGGCAAGUACGUCCUGCCCAACGACGAACUGGAACAGGAACGCCUUGACAUUGUCAACCAUCUUUGGAUGUUGACCUUUGACGGCAGGCUCUGUCUUUGUCCUAAAAACGACGGUGCCAAACGGGUCCUUGACAUUGGCACUGGCACUGGCAUCUGGGCCAUGGACUAUGCUGAUGAGUAUCCCGAAGCGGAGGUCAUUGGCGUGGACUUAAGCCCCAUCCAACCCACAUAUGUGCCGGUGAAUUGCAUCUUUGAGGUUGAUGAUCUUGAAAAGGAGUGGAUGUGGACGGAGCCCUUUGACUUUAUAUUUGCGAGAAACAUGGUAGGCAGCUUCUCCGACUGGGAGGGCGUCGUCUCCCAGGCCUUUGCGAACUUGGAGCCCGGCGGGUAUUUUGAGCUCCAUGAUAGCAUCUACCCCAUGCUCUGCGAUGACGGGACUCUGACGGAGGACUCGCCGCUGAUGAAGUGGACCCGCCUCAUUACUGAGGCUUGUGAUAAGAUUGGGCGUUCUGCGACGAUCGCCACCCAGUUCCCUCGCCUUCUAGAGGAGGCCGGGUUCGAGGACAUCAAUGUCACCAAUAUCAAGUUCCCUGUGUCGCCGUGGCCCAAAGACCCCAAGCUGAGGCUGAUGGGCGAGUGGACGCAGGCCUCGCUGUUCCCUGGCAUCGAGGGCAUGUCUCUCGCGCUCUUCACGCGCGUGCUGGGCUGGAGCCCGCUGGAGACCAUGGUUUUCUGCGCGCAAGUCAGAGACCAGGUGAAGAGCACCAAGUUCCACGGAUACUGGAGGGGGAUCGCCGUUUACGGACGCAAACCGUUCUACGAGGACGACUACGACCGGAACUUGGGCUCGACUGGAGUGUUCUCGACGCAGGACGGCAAAUUUGUCGUUUUAUAA